AGAAGAAACGCGUUGGAGGCGACAAGAGAGAGGAAGCAGAGAAAGUUGGUAGAGGAGCGAGAGGAGAGGAGAAGGGUCGGCCAGAUGGGAGGAAGGAAGUAAAGGAUCUCUCCGCGGGCUCAAGUGCGCGAUUAAAGGAUUCUGCAUAAAUAAACAAGUAUAUGCAUCAAAGCCUAUAAUAAAAAAGCAGAUCUGAGGCGCGCCACCGCGUUGCGUGGUCACGGACAAGACAGCGGCGGAAAGCGCUGUAACAGCCAAGUUCUUGUCUUUCUCGGGCUUUUACUCCUCAUGUUCUUCAAACUCUCGGUGCUCACUAACUUUUAAGAUCAGUCUCAGAAAAGCUUCACCUCCUCUCCUCCGUUCAAUUAACUUUCUCUCCGGAAAAGAAAAAAGAAGCUCCGGGGUGGAAGUGGAGGAAGGAAGAGCGUUUUUUUUGUUCCUUCCGAGGAGUCCAGCUCGCCGUAGCCGGGGUUUAGGCGUUGGCACCCGGGCAGGGAGUCCCUCGCCAUGGCCGGGGCCAAGCCGGGAGUCCACGCGCUGCAGCUCAAACCCGUGUCCGUCCACGAAGCGUUGAAGAAGGGGGGCAAAUUCAUCAAAUGGGACGAGGAGCCCAACAGCGGGCCCCCCACCCUGGUAACCCUGAAAGUUGACCCAGAUGGAUUCUAUCUCUACUGGACUGGAGGGUCCAACCCGGAGGUGGAGCUUCUGGACAUGAGCACCAUCAGGGACACCAGAACAGGAAAGUACGCCAAACAACCAAAGGACGGGAAGCUGCGGGACGUGCUGGGCAUUGGUAAGGCUGACCACGUUGAAGGGAAGCUAAUAACCAUCGUCUAUGGCAAUGACCUCGUCAACAUCUCCUUCCUCAACUUCCAGGCUAUGCAUGAAGAUGCAGCCAAGAUUUGGACGGAUGAGCUGUUCGCUUUGGCCACAAACAGACUUUCCCAGAAUGCAUCGCGGAACACUUUCCUCCUCAAAGCGUACACUAGGUUAAAGUUGCAGGUUAAUCAAGAUGGGAAGAUUCCUGUAAAGAAUAUUCUCAAGAUGUUUUCAGAUAAAAAGAGGGUGGAGAUGGCUCUGGAGAAAUGUGGCCUCCUCAAUAACAGGUCUGAGGGACUCAAGCCAGAUGAUUUCACGUGGGAGGCCUUCCAAAAGUUUCUUGACAGCCUCUGUCUGCGGCCUGAGAUACAAAGCAUCUUUGAGGAAAGUGGUUCCAAGAGGAAGCCAUUCAUCUCUUUGGACCAGUUGAUGGAGUUCAUCAACCGCAGGCAGCGAGACUCCAGGCUGAACGAGGUGCUUUACCCCCCGCUGAAAAGGGAGCAGGUCCGACAGAUCAUGGAGAAAUAUGAGACCAACACCAGCCAACUGGAGAGAGACCAGAUCAGUUUGCAGGCUUUCAGUCGGUAUCUGGGAGGAGAGGAAAACAGCCUCAUACCUCCAGAGAGGCUGGAUAUCAUUGACGAUAUGAACCAACCGCUGUCUCACUACUUUAUCAACUCCUCACACAACACAUACCUCACAGUGGGUCAGCUGACCGGUCUGUCGUCAGUGGAGAUGUACAGGCAGGUGCUGCUGACUGGCUGUCGCUGUGUAGAGCUGGACUGCUGGAAGGGCCGGCCGCAAGACGAGGAGCCUUACAUCACCCACGGCUUCACUAUGACCACUGAGAUCCCCUUUAAGGAGGUGAUCGAGGCGAUAGCAGAGAGUGCUUUCAAGGCCUCGCCAUACCCCCUCAUCCUGUCAUUUGAAAACCACGUAGAUUCGGCCAAGCAGCAGGCCAAAAUGGCAGAGUACUGCAGGACCAUCUUUGGAGAUGCCCUGCUCAUUGAUCCACUGGAGAAAUAUCCGCUGGAGCCGGGUCAGCCGCUGCCCUCACCGCAGGAGCUGCUGGGGAAGAUUCUGAUUAAAAACAAGAAGAAGCACCAACACCACCGACCCUCCAGCGGUGGCAGCAUACGACGCAGAGAGCUGGGGGAGCAGUCGUCACCCAACAACGACAGUCCUUUGGGUGAAAGUGAGGGAAGUCAGCUCCUGUCCAACGGGGAGGAGAAGGUGGCGGAGGGGAUGGUCAAAGACUUGGAGCCUCGCAAGUCCUUAGGAGGUGAAGGAGAGAGUGAGGAAGAGGAAGAGGACGAGCCGGUGACGGAGCUGAAAAAGCCGAACUCUGAUGAGGGUACAGCCAGCAGUGAGGUGAACGCCACAGAGGAGAUGUCGACUCUCGUUAACUACAUCGAACCUGUCAAAUUCAAGAGUUUUGAGGUGGCAAACAAGAGGAGGAAGUUCUUUGAGAUGUCGUCAUUCGUGGAAACGAAAGGCAUGGACACCCUGAAGAGCUCCCCCAUCGAGUUUGUUGAGUACAAUAAGAAUCAGCUGAGCCGAAUCUACCCUAAAGGAACAAGGGUGGACAGCUCCAAUUACAUGCCUCACCUUUUCUGGAAUGUCGGCUGCCAGAUGGUGGCGCUAAACUUCCAGACCCUCGACCUCCCUAUGCAGCUGAACAUGGGUGUGUUUGAGUACAACGGCAGUUGCGGCUACCUGCUGAAACCUGAGUUCAUGAGAAGGACGGACAAACACUUUGACCCUUUUACAGAAAACAUAGUGGAUGGGAUAGUCGCCAAUACUGUCAAAAUUAGGGUGAUCUCAGGCCAGUUCCUGACUGACAAAAAGGUGGGCGUGUACGUUGAAGUGGACAUAUUUGGACUUCCUGCUGAUACAAAGAGGAAGUAUAGAACCAAAACAUCUAAUGGGAACUCGCUGGACCCCGUGUGGGAUGAUGAAAUGUUUGUGUUUAAUAAGUUGGUCCUCCCUACAUUGGCCUCUCUGAGGAUAGCGGUGUUUGAAGAGAACGGCAAGUUUAUUGGACACCGGAUCCUCCCUGUGUCGGCCAUUAGACCUGGCUACCACUACAUAAACCUAAAGAAUGAGUUAAACCAGCCCCUCCUCCUGCCCUCUCUGCUGGUUUACACUGAAGCUCAGGACUACAUCCCUAAUGAACACCAGGAGUAUGCAGAGGCUCUGACUAACCCCAUUAAGCACAUCAGUCAGUUGCACAAGAGAGAGACACAGUUGGCUGUGCUCAUAGAGGACAACAGUGAGCAUGUCCCCAACCAGCCCAAAGAGGGAGAGACCAAAGAGAGUGAAGUUGUUCCGGGACUCCCUUCCCCCUUCCAUGCCCUCCCCCCCUGCUCAAUGGAUGAAGCGCCUGAAGUCAUCAAAUUACCUGCACCUGCACAAAGUCUGAAGGAAGACCUCAUAGCCACUGUUCUGACAGACAUCCAGGCCCAGUCUAUAGAGGAGUUGAAGCAGCAGAAGAGCUAUGUGAAGCUGCUAAAGAAACAGAAAAAAGAAAUCAAAGAGAUGCGCAAGAAACACCUUAAGAAGGUGUGGAAUCUGAGUAAGGAGCAGAAGAGUCGGACCAGCCGGAUUCAAUCUGACACCCAGAGGAGACGUAGUCAGAUGGAGAAACACCUCAAACGUAGCAUCAAGAAAAAUGAGUCCCAGGAGCCGGUGCAGAGUGAGCUGACGGCAUUGGAUCAGGAGAUUGAGCAGCAGACGGUCCAGCUGAGGGAAUGGCAGAUGAAAGAACUCCUGGAGGUCCGACAGAAACUUCAUUUACUGGAGAGAGAGAAGCAAAAAACACACUUACAAGAGAACUUACAGAAGUUAAAGGAGACGGCCCAGGAAUGCCAAGCAGCUCAGCUGAAGAAACUCAAGGACAUGUGCGAGAAGGAAAAGAAAGAGCUCCAGAAGAUCCUGGACAGGAAGCGACAAAACAGCAUCAGCGAAGCCAAGAGCCGUGACAAAGAGAAGGCUGAAAUGGAACUGAAUGAGAUCAACAGGAAACAUAUUCAAGAUUCGGUCACUUUAAUCCGCAGGCUGGAGGACGCUCAGACCAGGAGAAAAGAAAAGCUGAUGCUGAAGCAUCAGGAGGUGCUGCAACACAUAGACAAGGAACUUCCUCAGCUCAUGUCUCAGUUGGAGAGGGAACUGGAGGGGGAGUAUCAGCGACUGCCGGAGGAAAUCUGCCAGCACCUUCAGCUGGAGCUCCAGAACAAAGGUCUCGGAAAGGACGCCCUGUUCUCGCCCUUGUCCAAUAACAGCAGUCCCUCUGGCUCGGGCCCGCCCUCCAACUGCUCCACGCCCUCUCACCCGUCAUCACCCAAUCGGUGCACCUGGAACAGGAGCAAAGACAAUAGCAUUGCCUCAUUCGCUGAUUCCACUUCCUCGUCCACCACUCCCGUCCUGUCAGAGGCGGAGAUGUCAUUCAGUUAAAAUUAUUACUUGUAAAAAAAGGAAAAUACAUACUUUCAACUAGGGUCUAUAAUGAUUAUAAUGUGGGAUAGUAAUGAUAUUAAUUAACUAAUUUUGUGUCUUUUUUUUAUUACAGACUGUUUUGUCCUUGUCUAUAGAGCUAUAUUAUUUUUAUUUUUGCUGUUUUUGUCAGAUGACACAUCAUACCUAUUAUUGGAAGAAUCAUACUCAAACUUUUUAUUUUUUACAUUUGACUUACUUGACUGUAUGUCUUGCUUUUAAUGUCAUCUCCUUUCAUACCUUUUUCUUUGCAUCAUUUCCCUUGUUGUCUGGUCAGUAAGCUUUUACAACACCGUUAGCUUUAUGUUCACACUGUUUUUGCGAAAACGUUUCUGUUUAUAACAGCUUUAACCUCUUUUGUGACACCUUUUUUAAAGCUUUGAACUGUGUCGAGAGAGGAGCAGGGUUAAAAAACGAAUGUCUUUGUUCAGGAAAACUUUCUAACAUGCAUACAUUUGACCAUUUUUUAGAGACCAGAGAAAAGGUUUAAAUGUUUUAGGUGUAAUGGCAGUAGCUGACCAGCAAACGGUGCUGCAGCCUUAACUGUUUAUUGUAAAUUGGUGGUUUGAGCUUUCCAUUCAUCCAGCUGGAUUAUCCUGUUGUACUGUACCCCAACACACACUCACUCAUAUACCUGUCUCAGCAGGAUUUGCUGUGACAUUGGUCAGGAUAAAGUCUCUCGCCUUUAACCACCAGUCAAAAUCAAGCCACAGUUACAUGGGGGGAGUCAGCAGGCAGUCUGUGAGUGCGUGUUUAACACACGCUUGACAAUGUAUUUUAUACUGAAGCGUCUAUGACCGUUCUGUCCACACACAGUGGUACGCAUACACAAACACACACACAUACAGUUUAUUGGUUCAGGGGCAUAAAGUCUCUAAAAUCCUCUUCCCAUCCAAUCUACCCGUUUUUGAAAAACCGAGCACAAGUGCACACUCAAUGAUAAUUUUACAAAUAUCGCAGAUUACUAAGCUCUGCGCGCGCGUGUGUGUGUGUGUGUCCUGAAGUUAAUCUUUUGAUGGAGACAUCUGCUUUUUGGGAGAAUAAUACAUCCUACUAAAUGGAAAGCGUCUGCUCAGUGGGUGUGUGUGUCCAUUUGCAUUGGUGCAGUUAGUUUGACACUUUUGCAGCCUGGAUAAUGACAUACAGCAUGCUUUAAUAGCAAUGCCACUGUAGGUCUUCAGAUGAUGGUUUAAAGCUGCACUAUAACAUUUUAAUGAAAAAAUGCAGUCAUAUUUUUUAUUUAAAAUCACCAAAUUAGGCAAACACAUUAGGGCAAUUCACUUCCUUCUAAUUGAAACACUGUGGAUUUUCUCAAUUUGACAAAUCAUUAUUAGUGUUAGAUACGUGGUAAGAAGCCCUGUCACAGCUCAGAAAGUGACCACUUGGUCAAAAACAUUUACUAUAGGUCUGCAGAAGUCAGUUUUCUGCUACUUUAAUUCACUGAAGCCUCAAAAUUCAAAGAGUUACCUCUUAUUGCCAUUAGGGGCCAUCAUGUGUCGCUAUGAAAAACAGCAGUUUAGUUCACUUGUUUUCAGAAUUGUCAGUGGACAUAGGAACAGUGUGUGCAUUGUAUUUUAGGAUGAAUGUGCCCUCAGUUUGUUUCAUACUCUAUUCAAGCCAAAUACUGAAUGUGUGGUUGUGGUGCACAAACUAAACGGUACUUUAUGUAAAAAUCUUCCUCGCUCUAUAUUUUCAUCCAUUACAGGAGACUUUUUCUUUUAACAACAAAAUGUUCUUGUCCACUUUGAGGGGUAAAAUAAUGGCACUCUGUGUAUAUGUAUUCUAUGUGUUUAGUUUUAUGUGAAUUUUACUACUGACCACAAGUGCUGAAGAGGGAUGGAGGCCAGGAGAGAAGGAUUAGGGAAGAAACGAGUGAAAUAAAUUUUUCCCUUUUCUUCAAGAAAAUAUUGUUUUUAGGUGAGGUCCUCUCUUACCUCCCUCUUUCAAUGAGCACUGCCUGCCUGUCUGUCUGAUUAUUCCCCCUCACACACAGUCUUUGUAAACGAUCGUCUAUUUAAAUGGAAUUUUACCUGGGUUAUUUACAUUUUUAUUGAUGGAAGAAACUUUCUGUAUACAUUCAUUCAAUUAACAAUUUGCAAAGUGUUUUUUCAUAUAUCCAGCCCCCAUUACAAAAUUAGUAUGUGCGUCUUCAAGUUAAAGAUAGCAACUUUAAGCCGAUAAUAGUUAUGAAAUGCUUGGUUUAACUUAAAGGUCAUCAAGCAACAUCAACAUCUCUGAUCAUUUACCAGUCAGGGAUUGCCAGCCUGUUCACCUCUGGUUGUCCUGUACUCAGUGUGCCACACUGCGUGCAGUAUGUAAAUGUUUUUGCUCAGCUAUCUCAUCUUGGACACUAAUGUAUACAGUGUGAGUAUUUACUUUAUUCUGUGGAGACAGUGAGAGGUGAAACUGCCACCAGUCAACUCAAAUUAAAAGGUUUAUUUCCCCCAAAAAAGUCGAUACAUUCCUCGCAGGCUGUCAGCUUUUAGGGUCAAGGUAGUCCAAGCCAUUCCAAGUCCAGUGAGCAAGUAUUCAAAGUAAGAUUUGGACUUCAUUACCAGGUACUCAGGGGUGUUUUCGUGUUUUUAUGUUUGAGGUGAAACAUCCCAUUUUAGUACAACCCCUUUCAAAGACUCUUGUUAUGUAUCAAAGCACUUUUAUCAUUCUUGUUUUUGUUGUUUGUAAAAAUGUGUUGAUCCUGUGACAUGACCAUCAAUACAACCACUGUUCAGUGAUUUUUACAUUUUGUGUGAAAAGCAGUUUAUUUUUAUGAGAUUUAGUGGCUGUUGGCAAAAGAGUCGUUGAGCACAUUUUGGGUAUAUGGGAAAAAUGGGUUCACGUUCACGGAGCACAUGGCAUUUUAGGGAUUUUACCUUAUAUUUGACCCCAGAUUGAUCAGUUAACUGUUGGCUCCUAAUGACCUGCUGUUAUACUAGAUCGCUAUUUGUACAUAAUGACUUGUUUGAUUGGUGAAAUACGCAAGAUACCUAUCAUUUGAAACUACUCAAAUUACUGCCACAGUUAAUUAUGUUGUUUUAUUUUCUAGCUGAUGAUAUCAAACUCAAACCCACAGACUUAUCACACGACUCAGCACUACUGAGCGUUCAGCGUCUUUCAGGUUUUAUGGCCCUUCACAAGUUUUGGUUCUGUCUCAAGUUUGUUUCCAGUCGCAGCCAUUUUCAAUGAAAAACUUCUAAUUAAGUCAGUGUAUGCUACAUGUCUUGACUAAGAUAGCAAUUAUCUGCUGAAUUUUUUUAGCAGCUAAAAAGCAAGAGUUGGAAACUGAAACAGAGCUGGAAGGAGAGUUUAGGAAAAUACUGGACCAACAUUUGUCAGGUGGCAAAAAAACACAACCUACAGAUGUAUGAUGCCCUGUGUUUUGUUCGCUAACCCAUUUGCCAUAUUAACUUUAAAAUGUCUUAAGUAAUAAGUAAAUAUUGUGUGCCCCCAAGUGGAAAAACAUAUUAUUACUGUUGAUGAAAAGAAAGACGCUAAAUUUGUGUUACUGUAAGGUUUAACUUUUUUCUUUGCGACUCUGUGAUAGUGUUACUUAACAUACUACAUGCUAAACCAUUAGCAUAUGCACCAUACACAUGGUGCUAUCUACCAGUCACAGUGCUAAUCCUGGAGUCAGUACUUUUGUCAUAUUUUGUGCCAAAAGUGUAAAACUCCCAAGAAGCCACUGUAGUCCUUUUAAAACAUAAUUACGAAGCAAGACAUUUGGUUAUCACAUCUUGCAUCACAGUCUUUAUUGACUUACACUGUAAGCCAUGCCACUGAGGAGGCAGACCUUAGUUCUCUUUUCUUCAGUACAUGCUUAGAUUUGGCCUGUGCCGCUUUGGCACACAGAGAGGAGGGAGAAGAGAAGUCAGUAUGCUACCGCCGUUAGCUAGUUUCCUUCCCACCAGAAUGGAGCCUGGGGGUUGUUUCUUGUCAGCCGUGAGCUUUAACCUCUGUUAUUUCUGUCCUGUUUAUGUUGAAAACACUCAUUUAAACAGACACGCACAAUAUCAUACUCUUACACAAACACGGCAGCGUACCAUUAGACACCAAGCUCACUUCAGCAUCACAUACACACUCAUUCGCCCCAUGACUUGACUGUUAUUAGACAUUUGGUGUGAAUAUUCUCCCUCAGGCCCACCCUGAGGCCUCUGGCUGUCAUGUCUUCUCUCCGUCUCUUUUCUUCCUCUCUCCACUCCACUGUCCCACUUCCUCCCCUUCAGUUUCACCCAAUAAUGAGACCAUCUUUUACUUUUGAACUAGUUAAAGUAAUUAAAAGCAGCAGCCGUGUUUGUACACUUCAGAAAGCAUGCAAUACACAUUAGACAAGAUAUAUGUAUGUAGUGCAUUUCGUUGACACUGUGUAGUUUAUGAUUGUCGGAUGUAAAGGGAAUACUAUACAAUGAUCCAGAUGUAAUAUUUUAUUGUUUAUUCAUAAUUAAUAUAAAGUAUAUAACUGAACAUUCAGUAAUAAACUUAAAACUUCCUGUUGCAGAGCU